UAUCAAUAUGGCCGUUGACGUGAGCGCAGUGUGCGCAGAGACGUGGACGCGAUAGUAGUCUCGGUUCGAUCCCCCUAACAUGAGGUAUACUGCAAGCAGGAGGGACACUUUUACGUAAUACCCGGAUAUAACGAACGGUACCCGGCACGUACCCGCAUAAUGAGCUGCGCCACGCCUGAGGCGGCCGCGACGGCAGCAGCCGCCGCGAGCGGCGAACAGAUCGGUGCGGUACAAGAUAUCAAAAACGCAAUGUUUAACAAUGAAGAAGGGUCUAAACAAAACAGUGACGAUGUAAAAUCAACAAUUGUAGAAUUAUUUCCAUGGGUCUCAGAAUUUAAAAAAAUGUGCAAAUGUAUAUAUGCAAACAAAAGUAUGGCUUCUUUGGCAGAGCUUAUGCAGUACUAUAUCAGAAAUGUAAGUAUCAGUGUGAAUAAAUGUUAUACAAAGCCUUUACGAGCAGCAAAGUUGAAGGAUUCUAUUAAUGAAACCUUACUUUUGUUCUUAUAUAUCUAUCGCGAGCUUUCUGAGGACCGUAAUAGAUCUAUUUACUUAAGUAAUAUGUCCGAUUUAUUGGCAUUGUACAUAGAUAUGGAAUUAAAAGCUUCAAAAAAGAGUAAGGAAGGUCAUAACAGAAUUUGCACAAGACUUACUUCUUGUCUUUAUGUAUAUUUAGAACAUUCCACAGAACAUUUGUUAGAUACUUUAAUAAAAACACAAUGUAUGUGCCAGGGUUAUCAUCGUAUUUUAGAUCCGAUAAUAACAAAAGUAGUUAAAAAUAUUCCAAAGCAUCCCGAAUCAAAUAUUACGUACAUUCGUUAUCUUCUUAUUUAUUGUCUUUGGAAAAAAAUAAAUAGUGAUUUAGCCAUGAAAAAUCACAUUACUACAACCGCAAUUGCCUCUCUGGGAACACCACCAGCAGCUUUCCCACCAUGCGUGUUAAAAGAUAUAUUACCGAAAGUGCCAAAGUGUCAACCAAAAAAUUCAGCAAAAUAUCUGAUGCGACGGAAAUUUGAUAUAAAAAAAUGCUGUGAAAUAUUUAUACAGUUCUGUAAAGAAAACAGAGGAGAUACGUGUCAGCAACAAAGUGAAAAUACAUCUACGAUUCCAAGCUCAUCCAAGAAUACUUCACUGCUGGAAGUUACAUCACGCGAAAAUAAAAAUACAGAAUAUAAUUCAAAGUCUUCAAAUUUAACAGAACAAACAAAUGUUAAACCUUUAGGCACAAUUUCUACGAAUAUUUCUGUAACACGGACUGUCUCUAAAUCGGUGAAACCAAAAGUGCUUCCACGGAAGAAGGCUAAAAAAUCCAAUAAGAUAGUACUAAUUGAUCUUACAACUGACGUCGCUGUCGAAAGAUGUAUAAAGAAAAGGAAAUCGAGAAAACUUGCGUGGCUGGAAGAAGCUAAGAAAAAAUUUAACGCGAAGUCGAUAAGAGCGUCACAGAAGAUUAAGGAACAACAAAUGGCGAAAAAAGCAGAUUCUUUGAAGAAAAUAACUCUUAAUCAGCAAUUAGAAGAUUCGCUUCAACCCGUACAUGCCACAGAAAAUACAACUUUGAAGAAUGAUUUGAGUGCAUCUAUGAUACAGGAUAUAAAGUUAAAUAACGAACAAAUGAAGUCCAUGCAUCUUGAUGCAAAACAUAAAAAUCAUACAUCAGUCAAUGAUAAUGAUACCAUAUCUGUAAAACAAUCGGUAGAUAUGAAUAGCAGUGACAAAAGUGAAACUGUUGAUAUGCUGCACUGCACAGUUUCUUCUUCUGUAAUUGUUGAUAGACCACAGUCUAAUAAAGCUAAAGCUUCAAAAAAUUCAUUAUUGGAUAUUUCGAAUGACGCUAAUAAAAUUAGCAAAUGUCAUGAUAAUACUUUGGAAGUAAAGAAUAAUGAAAAAAUAAAUUAUAGGCAUAAUACACAGACUGUGAUUAAACGACUGAUGGAAAAAGACACUCCGCCUGAAAGCGAAACUUGUAAAAGAGUUAAAAGUUUAAGAAAAAUCUGUGAUUUAGGAACAGAGCACUCUAAAACUGUAAAUACUCCUUCGAUAUGUGCCCAAGAUGAUUCCAAAGAUAAAGACGAUAGCUCUAAUCAUAAUACUAACGAUCUUAGUACAACUAAAGAUAAAUUAUCCCCAGGUGUAGUUUCAUUUCUGGAGCAUACGCACUGCGAAAACAACACAAAGAAUAAAACAAAUGAUGAAAAAACGGAAGAUUUUGGUAACAAUGAAAAAUGUGUGCAGGAAGAUAUUUGUAAAAUACAGUGUUUGAAAUCCACCAUAAUUGAUAGUGAAUUAAAUAAAGAGAAAUUUGCAGUUUCUACGACAGCAACCGAAACUCGUACUACAACAACUGUAAGUAAUGUGGAAAUAUUAAUAAAUGAUGCACCAGAAUUCAAACGAUUGCAACAAUCAUGCAUUACUGAAAAUACAAGGCUCCCACAAGAAUCUCAAUCUCAAGAUAAAUAUGUAUCAACAAGUCACGAUGUUGCAAAUAAUACUGUAAGUAUUAGUAUAACGAAUGAAGACCAUUCUAAUGUACAAACAGAUUUAAAAAUUGAUACUUGCGUCGAAGUAAGCGAUGACAUAAAGGAUAGCGGAUUCUCUAAUCGUAAAACCAGAGAAACUAUUUUUGAAAAUCACACAGCUGAUAAGAAAAAUAUUUCAAAUGUCCUUGAUAUGUCACUGUGUUCAAAAGAUGAAGUCAAUGAUAUCGAUUUGAGAGCAGAUCAUAAAGAAAAUGUAGAAAUUGAAUCUGACAGGAAUUGUGGUAAAGAAUGUAAUAUAGAAGAAUUAGAAAGAUCUUCUGUACUGUGCAAAAAAGUUGACCAAAUACAUCAUCAUAAAUCACCGAAAGAAUCAUACGAGAUAUCACAUAUGAAAAAUAUUCAGGAUUCAUCGGGGGAUAAAUGUAUCAUUCAAGAUGCAGAAUUACAUGAUAAUAUAGAUGGGCUUUCGUUAUUAGCCAAUGUUAUCGCAAGUCAGCAUGUAUCUCAUGUAAAUACCGAUCGUGAUUUAAAAUACGAACAAAUCAAAGUCAAGGAUUACGCAUCGUUAAGAAAUUCUCCUUAUAAUCAAACUACGGAUGAUGAAGCUGAUACCAAUGAUUCAUCGAAUACCGUUUCUCAAAUUUUGGAGAAUCCAUCCACUGAAGUCAUCAAUAGAAUAGUCGGGAUUUAUCCAGAAGACGCAUUAGACAAAGUAGCGCUUCAUGUUGAAGUGACAUCGACAACUGAUCCCGAUGAUGGUGAAAAUGAUCCAAGCAAUAGCGUUUCGCAUAUUGUUGAAACUACUCUCAAUUAUGAAACAGAUACAAUAUCCAACAACUUAAGUAUGGUGGAAAACAAUGUGCAGUCAAUAAAAGAGAAUACGAACGUUAUAUUAAAUGGUGAAACAGUCGUGCUCUUACAAAAGUCUCCCAAUAGUAAUUUAUACAUUAUUAAUAAAGCAGUGGAAAAUGCACGAGAUCAUAAUAGCGACGAUGAAAGCUGUCCAAUGAAAGAAAAGAGCUGGAUGGUUCCAUCGGAAGAUUAUGCAUCGUUUGAAGUUGUUAAUACAUCAGAGCAUAUCUCGUUUAAUUUGGAUCUACCGCAAUACAAUAAGGAAUUAUCGUGCCAAGAAAAUAAAUAUUCCGUCGGAAGGAAGAAAGGUAUAAAAAUCGAGCCCGAGGAGGAAAGCAGCUUAAUGAGCAUUACAGAAAUGAAAUCUUACGGUAAGAAAGGUUCAUUGUCACUCGACGUGUUACCUGCAACGUCGCAAAUCUAUCAGGACACAAAUGUUGCGAAUGUUAGCAUCAGUAAGUCAGUCGAUAAACGAAAAUCCAAGUCUAUUCUUACUUAUAGACAGAACAUUAAACAAGAGUUUAGUAAUCAUAUUACGCCGAAUUGUGGAAUACAAGGAUGCAACGGAAUACAUUCGCAUCCGCAUGAAGUAAUUGACCCGCAACAUUCGUUACAUAUUCCAGUCACCCAUCCCACGACAAUACCUUCGAUUUACGGGAACUGCGCUGCCGGCACAGAUCUGUGUAUGCCGUAUCACAAGCAUUGCACCUCCGUGUCGUGUAGUUUACAAAUUAAUUCUACUACUUCGCUCCACACAAAGUCCGCAAAUUCAUGCGGAAGAUCACACUGCUCGUGUCUAAAUUGUACGUAUGACAUAGUCACGCAUUGUAGACAAUGUAUACACCCGGCCACAGACUCCCACGUGUCUUGCAUUGAAAGUAAUUCUUAUUUUUUGCCCACACAUUCAUCAGUACAAACAUCCGCCGUCCAAGAGCACGAUAGGACAAAAAGUGAAGCGGUAAUAAGUAAAUUAUAUGACGAUCAAAUAUUGCGUAAAAGAGUAUUACAAAAUAAUACGUUGGAGAAACUGGAUUUGCCACGCGAGUCAGAGAAGUUAUUCAAGAAAGAUAUGGAGAACAAGUUGCCGCUGAAGAAAAGAUUAAAAGCCCAUGCCAUGAUGUCAAUGGCAUAUGAGAAGGUACCCAUCAAGACGGAGAAAUUGGAUAACUAUCCUGGAAUUCCCAUGAUGUCCAUAGCAGCCUUAGAAAAGAUAGAUGAUACACAGAAACAUCCCACGCAAAUCAUUAAAUCUAAUGAAGAGGAUAAUCGACACGACAGCUAUCACUUUAAUUCGAAUAUAGUGCGAAGAGAUUGCUACAAAGAUAUCCACAUUUCUAAUACACAUAAUCUUACGAAAGAAAGUACAAGAAAUCACGAGCGUCAGUUUCGACCCAAUGGUGAUCAGCCUAACGCAGUGUGCCUAGAAGGUUGUCAGGACAGGACACCUGCGCAGCAUAAAGACGUCACAAAUCCAACAUCUCUGAAACAUAUAACAACAGAGACGAUCGAGCAAGAUAACGCGUGUAAAAAGGCGAAAAAAACGCAGUCGUCUAUUAGACAAACGAGAAGCUCAAAAAGAAACGUUCCUAAGGUAAAUUAUUGUUACACCGAUGUUGAUCCAGAAUGGAAUCCGUCCGGUGAGUCAAAACGAAGACGUAAGAAGACUAGUCGAUGAUCAAUACUAUUUCAUUACGAAAAGUCACUGCUGUAAAAAUAAAAGAGAAAAUGGAAGCAACCUGUAUAGAGGACAAAUGUGUUCUUCAAGCUGUGGCACUGUAAAUUUGUAAAUAUAUGUACAAAACGGAAGCGAAAAUAACUCGUCCUAGGAAGAUUUAGAGAUAGAUCGUUCAGCAGCGUGUUCAAGAUUAGCGUCAGCGAAGAAUUACAUUAG